AUGCCUGCCGUCCUCUUUAUCCUGUCAUCUGCAGACAAAAGCCUUGCUGGAAAGCAAACUGGCUGGUAUUUGCCAGAGCUUGCGCAUCCGUACUACGUUCUGACUGCGAACGGCAUCGACAUCGAUUUUGCUGCUCCCAAAGGCCCAAAUCCUGUGCCAGAUGAGGGAAGCAUCAGAGACUUUAAAGACGAGGACUCUGUUAAAUUUUUAAAUGACCCCGUUGUAAAGAAUAAACUGGCUACUGCUAAAAAGCUGGCCGACGUCUCAGCCAAAGAUUACGAUGGCCUUUACAUCGGUGGAGGGCAUGCGCCAGUGAUGGAUCUCCCCAAUGAUCCCGAAAACAAUAGACUAAUUGGCGAGUUCUGGACGACCGGGAAACCCGUUGCAGCCGUCUGCCAUGGACCAGCUGCUCUCGUAAACUGGAGGUCUGAGGAUGGGAAAUCUUUGUUUUCUGGAAAAACAGUCACCGGUCUUUCCAACACAGAGGAAGCUAUGAUUGAUGGCACUGGAGAUGUACCUUUCUCUUUGGAAGAUAAACUUACUGAACUUGCAAAGUCCUAUGUAAAAGCCGACAAGCCAUUUGGGGAAAAGGUCGUCGUCGAUGGACAACUUAUCACUGGACAAAAUCCAGCCUCAUCUGUAUCUAUUGGCAAAGCUUUGCUCAAGGCUCUUUAG